UCAAUAGACAAUUUGAACUCUAAGAACUCGGUACGCGCUACCAACACAUUCGUUCGUUGUGUAUGUACUACUUAAAGUUGAAUGUUGUGCACCUUUGCAGGUUUGCGGCGCGAAUUUUAAUUUUGUCAAAAAGAAAAUAAUACUUACUUAUAAAAAUAUUGUGAUUAAUAUACAAUACGGUACUCGGUCUGGCAAAUAAACUAUCAAUAACUACGCCAACACGUUUCUGACGACGUUCUGAAUUUGUAAUGUUCAAAGUGAAGUGUUCAAAUACGUGAAUACAAGACUGUAGUCUCCACUAGACUGGCAAGGAAAAGACUUAAAACUAGUGUCAAAACGAAGACUUCAAGAUGAGCUUCAAUAAGAACAACCCCAAUCCAAUGGGGAAGAUAAUGGGAUACCUAAAGCAGAUUUCUACUGAAAUGGGUGGAAGUGAGCAGAAUCGGCGGGGACAAGGUGACGAGGAGCGAUUAUAUCGUUCCCGUGGACCUAAAUACGCAAGAGUACCAUCACGUCCUACACUUUCUACCUCAACCACUAGUACAUCGCUUGCAACCUCAUGUGGGUCACAAGGAACACUUGCUCCCAACUACGCAACAAUUCCAGAAAACACUACAGAAAGUAGUAGCGAAGACGAACAAGAUUCUUUUGAGAACACUCGUCGUCAUUUUCAACAAUUACGACAAAUCAGCUUAGGGAACGAGUUUAAAUAUAAAAUGGAGAUGGAAAUUAAAGAUGAGAACUUGAGAAAUUCUAUCCCAUUUGUGAAACAGCUCAGCACAGACAGCAAUAAAGUUAAAACUGAUCACACUAUCAAUGGCGAUGUUAUGUCUCAUAGACAUACAACACAACGAUUAUUCCUUUGGACACAAAUAUUGGCUACAUUUGCGGUUUCUAUGGGAUCUCUAAUAGUUGGCUUCUCCUCGGGGUAUACAUCUCCUGCGCUAACUAACAUUAAUGGAACAUUAAACAUUACCACUGAAGAGAAAAGUUGGGUAGGUGGACUAAUGCCACUAGCUGCUUUAGUAGGCGGUGUAUCCGGAGGCCCGCUUAUUGAAUACCUGGGAAGACGUAUGGCUAUAACAGGCACUGCUAUACCAUUCUUCGUAGGUUGGAUGCUAAUCGCCAAUGCAUACAACGUUCCAAUGGUACUCGUCGGCCGAGCGCUAAGCGGUAUCUGCGUGGGAAUAGUAUCUCUUGCAUUUCCUGUAUACCUUGGAGAAGUGCUGCAACCUGAAGUUAGAGGAGCUCUUGGAUUACUGCCUACAGCUUUCGGUAACACAGGAAUUUUGUUGGCAUACUUCGUUGGCAGUUACUUGGACUGGUCUAAAUUAGCUUUCUUUGGUGCUGCGCUACCCGUUCCAUUUUUUUUAUUGAUGCUUUUGACCCCUGAGACACCAUGUUGGUAUGUUACAAAAGGACGCGUAGAGGACGCUCGUAAGGCUCUUCAAUGGUUAAGGGGCAAAAACAUAAAUGUCGACAAAGAAAUGCGAGAUUUGACACGACUCCAGGCAGAAUCGAAUCUUAUGGGUGGCAGUGUAUUUAGACAACUUUUUAGUAAUAGAUUUAGGCCAGCUGUCCUAAUAUCGCUCGGAUUGAUGAUUUUUCAACAAUUUAGUGGCAUUAACGCCGUAAUAUUUUAUGCUGAAACUAUUUUCCAAAUGUCUGGAAGCAGCAUAGACAAGAACUUAUCAAGCAUCAUCAUUGGACUUGUAAACUUCAUAUCAACGUUCAUAGCAACAGCUCUCAUAGAUCGCCUGGGAAGAAAAAUUCUAUUGUAUAUUUCAUCGACGGCAAUGAUUAUCACUUUAAUAAUAUUGGGAUCUUAUUGUUACCUGAAGGUUACUGGAGUGGAGUGGAUCGCGACAUAUGGAUGGUUGCCAUUAGCAUGUCUUGUAAUAUACGUACUGGGAUUUUCCAUUGGAUUCGGUCCAAUUCCAUGGCUCAUGCUAGGAGAAAUUUUACCAUCGAAAAUACGUAGUACUGCUGCAGCUCUGGCCACUGGUUUAAACUGGACAUGUGCAUUUAUUGUAACUAAAACAUUCCAUAGUAUCAGUGAAGCUAUUCACAUGCAUGGUACUCUGUGGAUGUUUGCUGUCAUAUGUUUAAUAGGUCUAUUUUUCGUUAUAUUCUUUGUACCCGAAACACGUGGUAAAAGUUUGGAGGAAAUUGAAUUAAAACUUACCGGAGGUUCUAGGAGGAUAAGAAAUAUAAAUAGUGUAAAAUCAGCUCAAAACGGCUGUUAACAUUUAAUAUAAGAAAUCAUGUAUAAUUGUAAAAAAUGUGUAUAUAAAAUAUUGAUCAUGAUGAUACGGAAUGACAUUAACGUUGUUUGUACCUAUGUUCCAGAUUUUUGUCUGUUUUGAAUAUAGUGUCCAAUAACAGUAAUUUUUGCACCAGAAACAUUAAAAAUGUUGUGUAUUUGAUAGUAAAAGGCUUUGCUAAUAAUAGGUGUGCAAAUGUACAUUCCAGAAUGAUGAGGCUGCGUAAAUGCUGUGCUGUUUUAGUCUUAUAAGAAAGGUGUGCAAUUAAGUAAAACACUGAUGUUCAGUGUUUGUAUGCUGAAGACUGACCUGGACUGUAGCUAUCCAUUCUCUACUUGUAAAUAUAGUAAAUAGUUAGAAAUGUAGGCAAAACAAAUGUGUAAUUAAUGGUUCCUUCAUAUAGGUACAUAUAUAUUUUUGUAUUUUAUUACUUCCUUCAGCAGUAUAGUUACCGCCAUCACAGCUAUGAGGCCAAUGUAAAACUCAAAAAAACAAUACUGUUUAAUUUCAUGAUACAAAAUCGUAGAAGCAAUUAAUGUGUUUGUCUUAUCCUCAUAUAGUGACAGCUACAUCUACAGCUUGUUGUUUUAGUGCGAUAAUUAUACCAGUUUUCGUUGGAAUCUCGGAUAUGUCAGCAAACAUUGCAGAUUGUAUCCAUAUGUAUAAUUUUAAUGUGAUCUGAAUGUACUUAUAUAGUUGAAAUUUUGUUUUGAACAUGACAAAUCGAUACCUAGAUAUAUUAAUGACCAAAUCAAUAUUGUUAAGAAUUUUAGAAUAAAUUAACGCUGUGUUUUAAUUAAGGAUUUUAUUAAUGGUUAAUCAAUCCGUAUAUUACGGUGGCGAUAUUUAUUAUUUUGUUAAUAUUUUUAUUAAUAUAAAUUAUAGAAGAAAA